AUGGUGAAUAUUAAAUUCGAAACACUAUACUUUUCUAAUUACAAAGAAUCUAUAGUGUCUAGUUGGGAUUGUAGUGUUGAGUUAACAGAUUCCAAACAACAUUGCUUUGAUCUAAAGGAAGCAGUUUUCAUUUUGCCGCCCAACAACGCCCCUUUGCAAAUUCUCAUAAACUUCGUUUUCGGCUCAGAGAGACGAUCUAUAAAUUGUCUAGAGAAAGUAAUAUUACCAAACAUCGAAUUUUGGCAUAAAGAUUUGAACUAUAUGAUGGAGAGCAGAAUUAAGGGAUCGUCCUUAAUAUUAUCACUAAAGUGUAAUCAUUUUAAUGAGAUGAAAGUUAAUAAGUUGUUCUACAAGCCUAAGUCGUUACAGCUAUCAAGGGAUUAUCAUAUUCUCUUCUUACCUCAUGUAAAAAUACAAGCGGCAUUUCAUAGCACUGAUGAUAUCGAUCCAAAAACUGUUCAAAAUCAUUUGAAUGAAUACGUAUCAUCGCUUCUUGUCUCACAACUAGAAUUUCAAUUCCCACUUGUUUUUUCCAAGAACUGCAGAAAUAAAUUCGCCCAACAUGAAAGAUCAAUGGGUUCAGUGGCUUGUAGCCUAGGUGGUGACUGUUCACUUAUAUCUAACAUAUCUGAAAUAAUCUCUAGGGAUAGUACAAGCACUUUAAUAUUCCAGGUACUGGAUAACCGCCAAAAUAAGACGAAGGGAAAACGCUCUGGUUCUGAAUUGAACUCGCAUAAACCGUUCAUGCGUUCUUAA